AUGAUCAUAAUUACCAUAGGAGUUGAUUUUUUUUAAUUUAAACAGAUAAACCAAUAAAGUACAAAAUUAUUUUGUUCCUUAACUUAUAGAUUUAUUAAGGAUUACUUAAAUAAAUAGUUCUAUAUAUAUAUGCUUUUACAAGAACAAGGUUAUAAAAAUUGAAUAUGAUAAGAUAAGUAUAUUUUUUAAUUAAAGAAGAACUUCGAAAUAUUAUGUAGUUGUUAAAAUGAGGAAGAAACAUAAAAAUCAUUAUAUCUAUUUGAAUUGGAAUAUUUAAAUAGAAAUUGCUGAGGUUGCAAAAAAAGGAGAAGCAAUAUUUUAUAUUUCAUCUAUCCAAUUAUAAUAAAAGAAGAUCAACUAAUAUUAGUUGAGAGUAUAAUUGUUAGAGUUUUGA